CGAUACACGCCUCGCAUUGAAAUACAUUCAGUAAAUGAGCAGUGCUGCCCGUCGUAUGUUUGCCAACACGUCUUUCUCUCUCUGUGUUAUUAGAAAAAAAAAUAAUAAUAAAGUCAUCGUUGUCGUCGCGGAGAGCGAGAGUCAACUCAAAAUGAAUCUUUUUUCUCCCGAUCGUGCCUUCGAUUGAGUGCGUGUCGUUGUUGUGUGCGUGAUAAUCGUCCAGUGUGCGUGUGUCUCGUAUAUCAAAGUGAGUGUUGUCAGCGGAUAAAACGUUCGCGCAGUUGACGUGGGCCAAAUGGCGUGGCUCGGCGAAGGCCUGUCCAGCCUGUCGAAUCUCAAGGGCCAGAUCACGAGCUUCACCAAGGAGGUACUGUCCGACGGCAUCGUCAACGAGAUCACAGAGGACGAGCGUUCGAAAGAUUUGGAAGAGGCAAAGACGAAAUGUAGCCAACUGCAGGAGCUGCUGAACUCGAAGGAUGCAGAGAUAUCGCUACUGAGGCGGCAAAACAGCGAGCUGCAAAAAGCCGUGGUGGAGUUUCGACAAAAGCCUGCUGACCCUAAAAGCAUCAACGAGUCGCAGCAUCGAAAUGACGAGGAGGCGGGGGCGGGAUUCUUUUGGGAUCCACCCAGAAGCACGAGGAAGCAGCAGAGCAGCAGCAAUGACAGCGCCACCACCACCACCGAAACGACGAAAGUGUUGCAGGACCAGUUGGACCAGGCGGCAGCGAGGAUUCGCGAUCUCGAGAUCGAACUCGGUCGUUACCGAUCGCUGAACUCGAAGGAUGACGCAAAUAUCAUAGCCGACAAUGCAGCAGCAGCAACAGCAACAGCAGAAGGACCUUCGACGCAGCACAAGGCGGAAAUCUUGCGUGCGAAACAGGACGUGGUGAAUCGCAUCAUACAAAUCGGCGAAAAGGGCCAGGAGGUCGAGCGCAACGCGAAACGCCUGCACGAGGACGAGCAGACGCUCGUGGCCGAUUUUCGCCUGGCCAUCUCGAAGCUGGCCAGUGGCGAGCAGCAGGACCUCAUCAAGUCGGCCCUGAUCGCCCUGGACGCCGAGCAGCAGCAGCGCGACCAGCAGCAUCCGCAAGAAAAGUCGACGACCGAGGCGAGCGAGAAGCACGAGGCCGGCGACGACGAGCGCCUGGCCGGCUUGAGCGAGCGCGUGAGAGAGCUCGAGGAGGAGAACAGGAAUCUGACGACGAGCAUCGAGGAGCUCGACAGGCAGAAUCUCGAGUCGAUCGAGCGUGUGCUGUCGCUGAAGGACGAGCUGCAGAAGAAGCACAACUCGCUGCAGAGCGCCUACGAGCAGCUCUACGCCGAUUACAAUCAAGCCCAGGAGAAGAUCGACGAGCUGAAGAAGUGGCGCUCCGAGGCCGAGGUACAGUUGCUUCAGUCGAGCAACGUCACCACCAGCAGCUCCUCGGAGUCGAAGGAAUGCCAGACUACUGCCGCCGGCGUCGACGUCGUCGUCGUCGGUGACACCGCCGACAAGAGCGUCUCGGCGCAGCCAUGCAGCUCGGACAAGGACACGCAGUCCGUGCCGGAGGAUCGUCAUCGGGACGAGGAGCGGCAAGCUCGAGAGAUCAUCGAGAGCGCCCAGAUCGACCUGACCGAGGAAGAGGAGGACGAAGAACGGGAAUCCAAGUCGUCGUCGUCGCUGCUGCUGCGUUUGGCGCGUCGCUGCGCCACGCUGCUGGCCCGUCAGGCCGAGCUCGAGCGCAGGUACGAGGAGCAGAGCUGCGAGCUGAGAGAGACGCAGGAGAUGCGCGACGGCAUGCAGGCGGACUGCGAGGACAUGCAGCAGAACAUCGAGUCGCUGCUGCUCGAGACGAAGCGACUGAAGAAGUGCCUGCCCUCGAUACCCGAGGCCAGCGAGGAGCGAGUGGCCAGUCUCGAGUGCGAGACCGAGUCGCUCUACGAGCAGCUGGGCCAGUUGCGCCGGGCCAAUUCGCGUCUGGCCGCGCGACUCGACUCCGUCAGGGAUCUGGUGAAAAACGACGACGUCGAGGGGGUGCUGGCGAGGAUUCAGGAACUGCUGGCCGAGGAGGAGGAAGAUAGUCAGCAGCAGCUGCAGCAGACCCCGAAUCCGGAGGAUCUCGAGGAGAACGCGGCGCUGCGUCGACGCAUCGAGCAGCUCGAGAGCGAGCUGAGAUCGUCGCUGGAGCGCUGCCGAGGCCUCGACGACAACAUCGAGCUGAUCGAGGAGCUGAAGCUCGACCUCGAGAACGCCCGACGCGAGCAGAAAUUGGCCAGCGGCAACGGCAAGCGCCUCGAGCACCAGCUGAGCCAGCUGCAGCAGCUUAAGAACGAGCUCGACGCCGAGAACGAGCGGCUGACCCUCGAGAAGGAGAAGCUCGAGGCCGCCCUGAGCGAGUCCGACGAGAGACGGGCCGACGGCGAGGCCCUGGCCGAGCUCAGGGAGCAGCUGAGCAAGACCAGUCUCGAGCGCGACGACCUCGAGUACGACAUACUGCAGAUGCGCAAGGAGCUCGACCGGGCCUUGGAGGAGGCCGGCAUCAGUCGCGGCCAGAUCGACAAGCUGCGCCACGACAACGAGCGGCUCGCGCGCGAGAACAACAAGCUGCUCGACCAGUUCGACGACAAUCAGAACGAGAGCCUGGACAAGAUCGAGCUGCUGAGCACGGAGUCGGGCCUGCUGAGGCAGGAGCUCGAGUCGGCCCGGGAGCUGCUCGAGGCAGCCGGCAAGCGCGCCACCGCCGCGGAGGAGAACGUCGUGUGCCUGGAGCGGCUCAACAAGCGCCUCGUCGAGGAGCUGACGCAGCUGCGGGACGUCGACGAGCCGGAGCUGCGCCGACGAUUGCAAGAGGCCAGCGUAGAGUGCGGCGAGCUGCGCGAGCGCUGCCAGCGACUGACCAAGGAGGUGGCCGACCUGAGGGCCGAGAACGAGCGACUGGCCGCCGAGGACUCGAGGCACGAGCUCAUGUUCGAGGAGCAGCGCACCGAGUGCCAGAGGGAGGAGGACGAGCUCGCCGUGGCCCUGACCAAGCUCAAGUGCUCCGAGAGCUACGCGAGCAGCCUCGAGGACGAGCAUCAGCUGCUUCAGAAGAGGAUCGCCGAGCUCGAGGCGAAACGAGCCGAACUCGAGGCAGCCGUGGCGGCGGCUGAGAGUCAAAUCAACGAGAAGCAGCCGAGCAACGCGACUGCCGCCAGUGGGGGCAUCGACGAGGAGGAACGACAGAAGCUGCUGAAGGAGAUCGAGUCGCUGAAGUCGAGCCUGGCCCGCGACCGGGACGCCGCGCAGAUGGCCCGCGAGACCAUGAACAAUCUGUCCCAACUGAUCAGCGCCAAGGACAGCGAGCUCAUCAAGCUGAACGCGAGCUUCGACGCGCUGCGCUCGGAGCGCGACGAGCUCGUGCGCCUCGUCCAGGACAAGCACGCCGAGAGCCUGCAGUAUCACGCGGAGGUGCAGCGCCUCACCCAGCUGCUCGCCGACCAGACCGCCAAUCUGCAAAAGUCCGUGGCGGAGAGGGACUCGCUGGCGCAGGAGCUCGCCGCCAAGGAGCAGGACGCCUUGUGGCUGCGCAACGAGCUGCAGGUGCUCAAGCAGCGUCUCAGCAACGUCGAGGACGCCAGCGGCAGCGCCCUGGAGCGCUGCGGCUUGGCCGAGCACACUCUGCUGGAGCGCGAGCUCGAGGCGACGCGCGAGGCCCGCGCCGGCCUGGAGAGGAGCGCCCAGGCGGCCGCCACGGAGAUCGGCUUUCUGCGCCAGCAGUUGGCCGAGGCCCAGGACAAGGAGAGCCUCGCCUGCAAGGAGCGCGACCGGCUGCGCGAUCAUCUGAUGGAGAUCGAGGCCGGCCGCACCGAGGAGCAGCUCCAGACCGAGGAGAUACAGCGCGGCCUGGAGGCGCGUCUGGCCCUGGCCGAGGAGCAGCUGAAGAACAGCUCGACCAUGUACACGUCCGCGAGCAUCAGGGCCCAGCAGCAGGUCGAGACGCUGCAGCAGCAGCUCGCCCUCAUGGCCCAGCAGAGGGACGAUCUGCAGAACAAGAUCUCGGCGGCCGAGGACAAGGUGGCCUCGUACACGGCCUCGCUCACCAAUUUGCAGCUGGUGCUCGAGCAGUUCCAACGCGAACGAGAAAAGGACAUACACGCGGCCACGGAGAAGGUGCGCGUCGAACUGCAGGAAUCCUUCAACAAACAGGACGCCUUGAACAAGGAAAUCGCUCAUUUGAAAGAGCAACUGAACGACGCCAGGGAGUGCUUGCUCGCUGCGUCGCGACUCAGCGAUCAGCUGGACAAAAAAUCAGAGCGCAUCGAGCAGCUCAAUCAAGAAGUGAGCAGACUCAACGAGUUGGUCCAGACGGCGGACGAGAGAAUCCAAGAGGCGCAGAGAAGCUGCGAGGGAAAAGUCGAUCGGUCGCUCGUCAAGAACUUGUUGAUGGGUUACAUCUCGUCGCCCGCCAACGACAAAGUGUCGGUUCUGCGGGUCUUCGCCAACGUGCUUGACUUCAACGAGGCCGAGAGAGAGAAGUCCGGGCUCAAUAGCGCGUCUUCCAAAAAUAGCUGGUUCUCUUCCAUGAUCAACAGUGGUGCUGCACCAACCAAGGAACAAGAGUCUUCACUGUCUAGUGCGUUCAUUCAAUUUUUGGAGAACGAAUCGAAGCCUAAACCAGAGAUGCCAGUUUUGCCCAUUUCAACUUCGCCGUUAGACAGACCAGGUCACAGUAGACAACACUCAUCAUCAUCGACUCAGUCUACAUUGUUAUUGUCAAAUAUUAAUUUGCCUACAUUCCCAGAAUUUGUCCCAGCAAGGAAUACAGGGUCAAUUUUGAAAGAAGUCCUCAAGGACAGUUGAUAUUAUUAAGACUCAAUGUAUUUCUGUGACAAAUAUUGUUUAAGAUAAUUUCAAAUACUGUAAAUAAUUUUUGAAAUAAUACUUUGUAAUUAUGUAAAAUUAAGAUAAUAUUACAAAUUUAAAUAAAU